AUGAAGAAAGUACAGCUUGGUUCACGUGAUUUACUUGUCAAUGGUGGUGGUUGUCCUGUUGAGGUUUUUUGUCGUUUACGACCACCAAAAGACAAUAAUAAUGAUCAACAACAACAACAACAACCAGAUAAUUCAUCAUCAUGUAUAAAAAUUGCAAGUUCAACAGAACUUGUUCUUUAUUCAUCCGAGAAUGCUAAAAAUGGACAAAUAAGAGAAUCUCGUUAUGAAUUCAGUCAUAUUCUUACAGAUAAUAUUUCUCAAUUAGCUGCUUUUAAAGAAUUAGCUUUACCUUUAUUGAAUGAUCUUAUUCAAGGCAAAAGCAGUGUCUUGUUUACAUAUGGAAUAACUGGUUCUGGGAAAACUUAUACAAUGAUGGGUCCAUUGAAUAAUCCUGGUUUAAUUCCACGUUCAUUUGAUGUUAUUUUUAAUUCAAUUGGAUCUUAUCUUGGAAAGAAAUACUUGCUUCGUUCUGAUCGACAAAAUAGUUAUGAAAUUCAAAGUGAAGCUGAUAUUUUAUUUGAACGACAACGUCGAGAAAUUCAAAUGAAAACACGUGCCAAAAUUCCUGAAGCAUCAAGUAUUCGUACAUUAGAUACUACAUCAAUACAUAUUCCACAAUCAAAUGCAAAUUGUUCAUAUUUUGUCUUUGUUACAUUUGUUGAAAUUUACAAUAAUUAUAUAUAUGAUUUAUUUGAUGAUGAUAUUCUUAAUAAAGCACCACAAUCGAAACAAUUACGAGAAGAUAAUCGUGCUCGACCAUAUAUAAAAGAUGUUAAAGAAAUUGAAAUACGUUCAAGUGAAGAAGCUAUUGAUUUACUUAAUAUGGGUUUAAAACGACGUCGUAUUGCUCAUACACAAUUGAAUACAGAAUCAAGUCGUUCUCAUAGUGUUCUUUCAAUGCGUCUUGUUCAAUUUCAAAAUGAUAUUCCACCGACAUCACUUACAAAAGAUGAUUUGACAGUAAGUACUAUUCAUUUAGUUGAUUUAGCUGGUAGUGAACGUGUUAAUCGAGCUAAAACAGUUGGUGAACGAGUUAAAGAAGCAAGUAAUAUCAAUUCAUCAUUAAUGGUUCUUCGACAAUGUUUUGAAACUUUACGUGAAAAUCAAGCACAAGGUACAAGCAAGAUAGUACCAUAUCGUGAAUCAAAAUUAACAUCUUUUUUCAAAAGUUAUUUCGAUGGCGAAGGUCAAAUACGAAUGAUUCUUUGUGUUAAUCCAACUGUAGAUGGAUAUGAAGAAAUUCAACAUGCACUUAAAUUUGGCGAAUUAACUAAAGAUGUUAUGGUACCACGUGCUUUACCACCACCACCGCCACUACCUUCAGUUCCACCAAAAAUAACUCGUACUGGUGGUUUACGUGAAAUCGAUAAUCAACAACAACAACAACAAAUAAAUACACAACCAGUUCUUUUUACUGAAUUCAAUGCUCAAGCAUUAAUUGCUCCGUUUCCAUCACUUGAAUAUUCUUUAAUGGAUGGAGCUGAAGAUGAUGAAUCUAUUUUAAUUCUUCAAGAACAUUUACGACGACGUAUCGAAGAACGACAACGAUUAAAUAUGCUUAUUCAAGAUCAACAAGAAUAUUUACGUAAAUUUACACUUGAAUUAGCAUCGGAUUAUGAUUCAACUAUAUCCAAUCAUGAAGAUUUAUCAAAAGAAAAUGACCAACAAACAAAAACAAUUCGUCAUUUACAAACACGUAUUAAAUUAUUGGAAAAAUCACAAAAUGAUUUAUAUAAAACUACAAAUCAAACUGAACGUGAAAAUAAAAUACUUAAAGCACAAAUUGAAGAACGAAAUAAUGAAAUAAAAUCAUUAAAAUUCGACCGACGCAAAGAUAAAAAUGAUUUUGAAAAUAAAAUGAAAAUAAAAUUAAAUGAAGUUGAACAACAAUAUAUCAAUGAAAUAAAAAAUAAAGAAAUUAAAAUGCGUGAACUUGGACGACAACAUGAUGAUAAAUUAAAUAUCAUAAGAUCAAUGGCUGCAAGUAAUACUCUUACAAAUGAACAAUUUGUAGUACCAAUCAAUUCAACACCAACACAAAAUUCAACAGAACAUGCUUAUCAAAAUCAACAACAACAAUAUCAUCGUGUUGAAAUGAUAAUAUCUCAAAAUUGUAAUACACCAAUAUUAGAUGCAAAUUCCCGUCAACAUGCUCAUACACCAAAUACUGAACCAAUGCCUAUUGAAAAUGGAAAUGGACAUCCAGUUGUUGGCCAUCCAAGACAACAACAUCGACGAUCACGAUCAUUAAGUGAAGUUUGGCUUGAACAUAGACCACAAGGAACAGUUCAAACAGAGACACUUCUUCAACCAAAAUUUCAUAAGAAAGUAUGUACUCAACAAGCACCAGCUAAACAAGAAAUCGUUCGAACAACAAAAUAUGUUUUAACACAUCAAAAUCUUGAUGCACAAGGUGAACUUGUUACUGAUCUUGUUAAAGGUGAUGUUCUUCCAUCGAGUACUGGUGGUGUUAAUGUUAUUUUUAAUGAUGUUGAACGAUUAACAUGUACAUCACCACCAGAUCCCUUAAUGUUACAUAAACGAUGUCAAAGUGAAGAACGAGUACUUCACGAAAACAAUACACAAUCACCUUCGACUCGUCAGGGUCCGGCUGUAGCACCUAAACGAUUUCGUAUGUAA